GUCCAAAUAAAAGAAUUUUUGUGUCUUUUAUAUAUAGUUAAUGCUCAUAAUAAUUCACAUGCUUACAGAAAGCUACCCUUUUUUUGCGGUGCUUCUUUUCUUCUUCCUUCCCUUUCAUUAUUUUUGUUUUAUUUCUGCGGUUUGUUUCUUUGUUAAGUGUUUGAACCAUAUCAACUUUUCUUCUUCUUCACUUCUUUGUCUCACUGCUCAGUUUUUGCUAAGGCCAUUGACAUAUGAAAGAUGUCAGUGGCAUUGCUGUUUCUGCUGGCUUUGUGCAAUGCAAUCAGAGUUAAUGGAGAAGAGAGCAAUGGACGAUGUGAUCUUAUGCCGACGUUGGACUCGAGACCACAUAGUGUAUCCAUCUUGGAAUUCGGCGCUGUCGGCGACGGUAAAACGUUGAAUACCAUUGCCUUUCAGAAUGCCAUUUUCUAUCUCAAGUCAUUUGCCGACAAAGGUGGCGCUCAAUUGUAUGUGCCGCCCGGAAGAUGGCUUACCGGAAGUUUCGAUCUUACGAGCCACCUCACUCUUUUCUUGGAAAAGGGUGCAGUCAUUCUUGGAUCUCAGGAUCCAUCUCACUGGGACAUUGUUGAACCUUUACCCUCCUAUGGUCGAGGAAUCGAACUUCCUGGAAAAAUAUAUCGAAGUUUGAUAAAUGGAUACAUGUUGCGUGAUGUCGUAAUAACCGGCGACAACGGAACCAUAGAUGGACAGGGCUCGAUUUGGUGGGACUGGUUCAUAUCUCAUUCUUUAAACUAUACCCGCCCUCACCUCGUGGAAUUCGUGUCUUCUGAAUGUGUACUUGUUUCAAACAUUACUUUUCUUAAUGCCCCUGCAUACAACAUUCAUCCAGUCUAUUGCAGCAAUGUGCACAUUCAUGACAUAUCAGUUUAUGCACCACCAGGAUCAUCAUAUACUGUUGGCAUAGUCCUGGAUUCUUCGGAUAACAUUUGCAUUGAGGACUGCAGCAUUAGUAUGGGACACGAUGCGAUUACUCUCAAGAGUGGCUGGGAUGAGUAUGACAUUGCUUAUGGCAGACCUACAACAAAUGUCCAUAUCAGAAGGGUCCAACUUCAAUCAUCCUCAGGCUCUUCCCUUGCCUUUGGUAGCGAAAUGUCCGGUGGCAUUUCGGGCAUCCAAGUGCAGGAGCUCCACCUCCAUGACUCGUUAACGGGUAUCGAGUUUAGAACAACAAAAGGUAGGGGUGGUCAUAUUAAAGAGAUUAUCAUAUCAGACGUCAACAUGCAAACUGUUGAAACAGCUUUUAGUGCCGUUGGUAAUUGCGGAUCCCAUCCGGAUGACAAGUUCGAUCCUGAUGCUCUUCCAGUAUUGGAGAAAAUCACCUUGCAGAAUAUCGUUGGCACAAACAUCAAUAUGGCUGGAAAUUUUAUUGGAAUCCAAGAAUCUCCCUUCACUUCUAUAUGUCUGUCCAAUAUCUCCUUAUCAAUCGAUUCUACCUCGUCCGACUCUUGGCAAUGUUCAUACGUCUCGGGCUUUUCGGAGUCCGUCUCACCCAAACCAUGUCCCGAACUAGAGAAUUUCAACACAUCUUCAUCAUGCUUUUCCCUCAUGAAGCCGAAUGGUAGAGCUGCAAUAUUAUGAUGCCAUCUUUUGGGAGAUUUCUACGCCUUACCAUCUCAAGAAUAGAUCAGAUUCUUUCGAAUAAAACACAUGCCUAGAAUACACCUGUUUAUUCGCCGAUUCGUGAUGUCAUUUUGGGCAUGUUGCAAAGGCUGCAAAUUGUUUGUACAGCUCCAUUUCUUCAUUCUUGUGUAAACAAAUUUUUGGUAGCGCUGGCUGGUUCAAAAGCAAAAAGGUUACAGGGGGGUACUUUAGUAUCCAAGUUCAUUGAAUUCUUUUCUUCUCUUAUGUUUAUAGUAUUGUUCCAGGUAAGAGUCUCACUGUAAAAUCAUUUGGUUU